GCAGCUAAACCAAAGGCUGAACUGAGAGCAGAUAACACAGCUGUUCCAGUAGGGGGCAGUGUGACCCUGACCUGCUCUGUGACGCCUUCAUCAUCAUCAUCAUCAUUUGGAUGGAAAUACUACUGGUACAAAGAUGAAAAAUACUCCCAACCCCUGACAACUCAAGAUGCAGUUUUUCUAUCAAACGGACAAAUCAGUGUCUCAGAGGGAGGACUCUACAGCUGCAGAGGAGGAAGAGGAGAACCAGUUUACUACACAGAGGACAGUGAGACAGUCAGGAUUGGUAAGUUUAACGUACCACAAAGCACUACAUCUGAUGUGUCAAACAGGCCUGUUGUGACUCUGUAUCCAAACUGGUCUGAGAUAUACAGAGGAGAGACGAUCACUGUCAGAUGUGAGAUCCAUGGAGGAGACACUGAGUGGGAUUAUGAGUGGGAAACAAACAGCAUCAUAAAAGCUCCAAAUCAAAAUGAAUACAGGAUUAGAUCUGCUUCAUCAUCCAACAGUGGAAACUAUCGCUGUAAGGGCAGAAUGAAAAGUUCACAGCAUGAAACAACAGAGUGGAGUGAUUCAGUCACACUGACAGUUUCUGACAAUGAACCCCGUCCUGUCCUCACUGUGUCUCCAUCAUGGCUGAGUCCUGGAGCCUCAGUAACUCUGAACUGUGAGGUUGAACAUCUGUCUGCAGGAUGGAGCUUCUACUGGUAUAAAGCUGUUCCUGAUCUAUCAGAGAAAUCCUCCAGUUAUGAGCUGCUACCUGAUGGCAGUGGGACUGCACAGGACUCCUACAUCAUUCAUGGACAGACACACACAGCAGGAUAUGUGUGCAGAGCUGGAAGAGGAGACCCAGAGUAUCACACUGAUCACAGUCAACCAAAGUUUGUCUGGUCUGCAGAUGUUCAUUCAGCAGCGUCUCUCACAGUGAGUCCUGACAGAGUGCAACACUUCACCUCUGACUCUGUCUCACUGACCUGUGAGGGAAACUUCACUGAGUGGAGAGUGAUGAAGUUCUCUGAGGACGGCCGACUGUACUCUGUCUGUAGGAGAAUGACUGGAUCCACAUGUAACAUCUACACAUCAAAGUCAGAUACUGGAGUGUACUGGUGUGAGUCUGGAUCAGGAGAGUUCAGCAGUGCAGUCAACAUCACUGUACAGAAUUAUUAUUAUGGUGCUAUUCUGGUGAGUCCGGUUCAUCCUGUGACUGAGGGAGCUUCUGUUAGUCUGAGCUGCAGUUUGAGAACACAAAAAACACUUUCUAAUGUGUUUUUCUAUCACAAUGACAAACUUGUUCAAAAUGAUACCCGAGGGGAGCUGAAGAUCUCUGCAGUGUCAAAGUCUGAUGAAGGUUUCUACAAGUGUCAGUACUCAGGAAGAGAGUCAGCACAGAGCUGGAUGUCAGUUAAAGGAGCUGACAGCUCUUCAUCUCCUGUGUGGUUGAUGGUUGGACUGGUUUGUGGAGUCUCUCUCAUUAUUAUUCUCCUGCUCUUGUUGUAUCGCUGCAGACAGUCCAAGUAUUCCUGCUUCACCAGGUCGAUCCAGUCUGAGAGUCACAGUCCGGGCUCCUCCACAAAUCAUGGAGUCAACCAGAAUGAAACUCAUGUGUACGACUCUCCCCAUCCUGGGACCAACAAGGUGUUCCCAGGCCAGUCAGGAGAGAUUAUCUCUCCAGUGUGUCCUGGCUCUGCCCUGGGGCCUCCGGUGGGACAUGCCCAGAACAUAUCACCUAGGAGGCGUACAGGAGGCAUCCUUUUCAGAUGCCCGAACCGCAACCACAACUGGCUCCUUUUGAUGUGA